GUGUCGUCCCGUCCGGUCGAUGUCGACUUCUCACAACAUCAGGCUAAAGCUGCGACUGGAAGCUAACGCUAACGCCGUUCUCGGAUCAUUUUUCACAACACACACAGAGGCAGAAACAUGUCAGACACGGAGACAAAACCAUCCAGCCAAGACGGCGGAGAUAAGAAGGACGGAGAGUACAUCAAAUUAAAAGUGAUCGGUCAGGACAGCAGUGAAAUCCACUUUAAGGUGAAAAUGACGACACAUCUAAAAAAGCUGAAGGAGUCUUACAGCCAGAGACAGGGCGUCCCAGCGAGCACGCUAAGGUUUCUGUUCGAAGGACAGAGAAUCGCAGAUAACCAAACUCCGAAAGAGCUGGGGAUGGAGGACGAGGACGUCAUCGAGGUUUAUCAAGAACAGACCGGCGGACUUUGGAACGAUUAAACCUCCUGCAUUUCUAAAUCUUUUUUUUCUCUUAUUUUGUAUUUUAUUUUGUAUGUAUGUACGUAUUUUUGUUCAGUUUCAAACCAUCUGGAUCAAAACCGACUCUAUCAGGGCUUCCAUGUGUGUGAGGGCGGGAAGGUGAACGGACUGAGGUAAGGACGAGGAAAAGGACAGUGGGUCUGCGGUACUCUGAAGUGCAGGGAUGUUCAUGUUGUUGACUCGAGCAAUAGCAUUCAAUCACAUAUUUUUGUUUUUUUAUCCCAUUUUCUUUUCGGGAGUCAGCAGAAGCAAAUAACUCUGUCAAGGAACAAGCUGCAUUAAAGGAAUAGUUCACCCAACAGGAAAAUGUUGUCAUCAUCUUCACAUGUGUAUGAACAUUUCAAGACAAGAUCAGUCGUCAAUGGAGCUUUGCUUCACCUUCCUCUAAAGGAAACUAAUGUUUUCAUGAAACUCCUCCUGAUAAUUUCAGUGUUUGGAAACCAAGAAGUUUCACUAAGGGUCCAAAAGGUUCAGUAUUUACUUGUUUAACAAAUAGACUUUUAGAAGUUGUUGUGCACUACAGCGGAAAGCAGACACUUGCGUUUUGAAAUAUAAUGUAAUUUAAGCAUCAAUUUUUAAAGAGCAAAAUUUAGCAGUUACAUGAUGCUGAGGAAGUCGAGACGUGUUGAUAUCCGCUUGUAUGAUUUUUAGGUCCCCGACAUUAAGCAUCUGUGUGCCACGUGGUUUUAAAGUGGAUGUCAGGAGAAAGUAGAUGUUGAAAAUGUUAUGUCUUGAUCCAAAUAUUUGACUAUUGAAGAAGCUGCCUGACAAUUAAACAAGUUUGAGGAAACUGAAGCAAAGCUGCAUCAGCUGAGCAGACAGCGUCGCAAAUACAUUUUCUGGAUGCACUAUUCCUUUAAGUCUGUCUGAGGUGAGCAGCCAUUAAAACCGGCUUCAUCCUCCAUUUGAUUCGUACAAAAAUAAGUUGCUUGCACACCUGUUGAUUUCCCCGAGGAGUUUGACACCAAGUUAGACGCGAAAGAUGCAGUUGUUUGUACACGAGGCAGUUCACUCCAGAUGUUUUCUGUAUUUACAUUCAGGGCAUUGAGCAGACCGUGUGUGCUGAUAAACAGCUGGAUUACUGGACAGUCAGUCUCUCUGUAACUCAUCCUCAAAACCACUUGUUCUGAAAUUUAGUUCCUGUAGAUCUGAGUCAUUUUCAUUUACAGCCUGUGUUUGAAGGACUGCACCAUAAUCAAAUUGUAAAAUUCUGGUAAUAAUUGACCUGAUAUGAUAAUAUUUGAGAUUUGAAACAUUUUUCUAAAUGAUAAUUGUGCUUUACUUGUAUAUGUUGUAUUCAGUAUUAGAGUGUGUUUGAAUGAUCUACCAUAUGUAUCUCCAGUGUGGUUUUUAAUUUAUAUUGGAGGGUUUCAUUCUGUGAUUAUAUAUUGAAAUAUAUACCCGUUCUGGAAACAUU